AUGCGUUUGAAACGUCAGAGUGUUAACACACGUUCAAAUGUUCAAAAAAUCGCAAUGAGGAGAAUUCGUGCUACUCGGAUAUCAAACAGUCAAACGGCCGGACCUUCUACUGCAGGCCCAUCUGUAAUUGGUACUGGUUCAUCAUCAAGGGAUUCUUCUCCUGAGAAUUUCGCCAUUCCGCGUGUUGAUUACGGAGAUUAUCAUCGGCCUCUUUUCUUAUUCAAUUGUGAUUCGUCGGACUCAAGUGUUACAAGUGAGAUCCAAGUCAAUGAAAUGCAGCAAAAUGUAGAAAUAGAACAUUCUUCUUCUGAUGAAACAAUCAUUUAUAAACCUCCUUCAUCUAUAAAUUGGAACUAUUUAGUGAACUAUACAUCUAAACGUUUCGUUUAUCCGGACAUACCAUACAAUAUGACACCAGCUAAUCAGUGUUACCCAGCAGCAUGGCUAAGAAAAGCUGUGAAGUUUGAUCGUAUUAUUGAAAAAAAUGAUUGGCAUUUUUGUGAGCACUGUAAAAGGAGGUUUCUCAAUUUAACAAUUACAUCUGUUAGUGUUCAUGGACUAAAUUCGCAAAAUUGGUGCAAUAAGUGCGUCAAAAAUCCUGAUCUUUAUACGGAUGCUAAUUUUAUGGACCCUCGAGAGCAGCCUGAAGUACUCAAAAAUUUAACGAUGGUUGAAGAGAUGUUGAUAGCGAAAGUUCAUCCUGUUGUUCGUCUUUAUAAAAUCAAAGGCCAACAAUUUGCAUACAGUGGUCAUGUUGUCAAUUUUGAGCAAGACAUAACUAAUCUACAUACAAAACUACCAGUCAACCCGAAAGACCUACGUGGAAUCAUAAUUGUAAAUCGAGAUACACCAGAUGGGAUAGCUUCAUUUCAAGUUCGGUCAUCAAAAGUAAGAGAAGCUCUUUGUUGGCUAAAGAGAAAUCAUAUGUACUACCAUGACAUUGAAAUAGAUGAUGAACAGCUGUCCCAGCUUCCGGAAAAUGGCAACAUAAUGCAACUUUUGCCGAAUUUAAAUCGAGAUUCUCGCCAGGAUGGGUCGCAAUCAGAUGAAAUGCAGUUGAUGCAAGAAUCUAAUUUUCCUCACAUACCACAAAUGAAUCAAGAAAGUAAAGUUCGAGAUGCAACUGAAAUUAUUGAGUGGCCACAUAUUCGUCCUGACCCGAUAAGCGAGUUCAGAACGGAGGGCUACAUCACACAAGCUUUCCCCACCUUAUUUCCAUAUGGUAGAGCAGAUUUUAAGCAGAGCAGGAAUGUCAAGUCGUUAAGUUUUGUGGAGUACUUCAAGUUUUUAAUGCAGUACAAAGACGGUAGAUUCGCUAAAGAUUCAAGGUUCAGGUUUUUCGCAUUCAAUUCUAUUAUGAGAUGGCAAGCUAUCAAUCAAGGAAAUCUCUAUGUGAAAAAAAAUAAAUUCGGUAACUUGGAUGCUGAAGCUGUUUUGGAAAAAGUGAAAGAGGAUUCACACCUUGCAGACUCAAUUAUGUUUUACGCUGGAAAACUACGUUCAUCUAAAAGCUAUUGGUUUCAAAGAUCUGGUGAACUUCAUGAUAUGGUAGAGCAACUGUCUACUCCACAUAUCUUUUUUACUCUGUCAGCAGCAGAUUAUCAUUGGCCCGAUUUGUACAAAAUUUUAGAUCCCACGAAUAAUAUUGACACAUCAAUUGAAGCGAAUCGUCGGAGACUUAUGCAUGAUAACCCGCUGAUUACGGCUUGGUUUUUCCAAAAGAGAGCUGAAACAUUUAUUCGUGAGGUUUUGUUACCCUGUUAUAACGUAGAUGAUUAUUGGUAUAGAUAUGAGUGGCAAUGGCGAGGAAGUCCACACAUUCAUGGAGUUUUGUGGCUGAAGGAUGGUCCUAAGUUAGAGAAUCUUGACGAUGUUACAGACGAACAACUUUCCUACUUGACGAAUUUUUGCGCGAGAUUAUCAAGAGCAUGGAAUCCCGAUAUAACACAUGCCCCAAGUGACAUACAUCCGUCUAGGAAACGAUUUACAGAGAUUUUGGAAGAUCCAGAGGAUCUUACAACAAUUCUUAACCGCUUACAGAGACACACUCGUCACGGUACACAUUGUUUGCGUAAAAAAAGAGGAACCAACGUUGAAGCUUGCCGUUUCGGAUUUCCGCAUGAGCUAUCUGAUGUAGAUGUUAUUGCUAAAGACAAAAACUGGAAAUUCGAGCCAAAAAGAAAUGACGAAAACAUGGCAAAGUACAAUCCAUUUGUUACUCAGACGUGGCGUGGAAACACUGAUUUUACUCCUAUACUUUCAAAAGAAGCUGUUUUGUUAUAUAUUGUGAAGUAUGCAGCGAAAGCUGAAACUGAAUCAAGUGAUUAUAGAGAAUUAUUGAAACACAUGGCUGAAAGUAGUGAUCCAAACUCUCCAGCUGCCACCCUCGUUAGGAAACUUUUGGUUAGCUCUACAGCUGAACGGGAUUUUUCUGCACAAGAAAUAUCACAUCUGAUGAUGGGAUGGCCGUUAUUUCAUUCUUCACGAUCUUUUGUUACGUUGGUGAUAAAAGAUGAAAACUGGAGAAAGCUCGAUUGUUCGACGGAUUGUGAAGACCCUGCCAUCAUUGAACGCUAUAAGAAGAGAAACAGGGAACUUGAAAAUGUAACUCUUUUCGAAUUCGCACAGAAUUACCGCUAUUCACAAAAAAAAAUAUUGCGACGCCGAGUCCCUGCUAUAGUAAGACAUUAUCCGAAAUUUAAGCUUACUGAUAAUCCUGCAGAAAAUGAAAGAUACUUCAAAAUAAAAGCUGUUCUACAUACACCUUGGAGACAAAGUAUGGAUGAAAUAAUCAGGCCAUUCUUAUCAACAAACUUCCCAUGGACAAAAGCUUAUAAUAAUAUCCGUGAUACGAUAGGAGAGCCGCGAUUUGAAUUAGAUGUAGAAGACUCUUUCGAAGAUGACCCUGAACUAGAUGAGUUUCAUUUACACCUUGAACCGGGAAUGGCGAUUUCUAGAGCUGUUCCUCAGAAUAAUGAAAUUCAGAACCUUGGCAGAAGAGAAAUAGAUGUUGCUCAUGAAUGGGAAGCUGAUUCAGUGUCUGAAGAAGAAAAGAAAGCUCUAACCGAUUGGAUGACGAUACAGAAACAAAGCUUCAAUGUUGCAACGAAUGCAACUGGUCGUGUAGCAUACAACCUUUCUGAUGAUCAACAGAGAGUCAUGGAUAUAGCCAUGCUACAGAUAAUCCUUCUUACACAAUCGAAAGAUCCAGAAAUAAAAAGAGUUAUGGUACAAGGUAAAGCGGGAAGUGGUAAAAGUUAUUUAAUAAGUGCUCUUACACAAGAAUUCAGAGAAAAUUUUGGUUCGGACUCUGUUAUGCUUUUGGCGCCUACUGGUGCCGCUGCUAUUAAUAUUUCUGGUAAAACAGUGCAUUCUGGUCUUAUGAUAUCACCACAGAAUUUCAAGCUUCUCACUGACGAAAAAUUGCGAACAUUUCAGUUGAAGAUGUCUAUGGUCAAAUUGAUCAUUGUAGAUGAAUGUCCAUGA